UACCAGAGGGGAGGGCGUCUUUGGAAUCGCACUACGCGUGCGCGUUCAAUCCACUUUGCUGUAGAGGGAGACAUGGCGACGUCCCUGAUUUGCGGCCGUUUGACGGCUAGCCUGAGAACUUCAGGGGCUAGAAACACUAUUAGCUCCGCUUGUAAGGUUCUUGGUGGUUCUUCAGGUCUGUUUGGCGGCCAUGUGUCCCAGCCCCAGCCCCCUCACCUGCAGCAGCAGCAGAGGAACCUCUCGCUACAUGAGUACAUGAGCAUCGGCCUGCUGAAAGAGGCCGGCAUCUCUGUGCCGGCCGGCAUGGUGGCUAACUCCUCAGAGGAGGCGUACGCUGUGGCCAAGCAGAUUGGUUCAAAGGACCUUGUGGUGAAAGCUCAGGUUCUGGCUGGCGGCAGAGGAAAAGGGACGUUUGAAGGUGGACUAAAGGGAGGAGUGAGGAUCGUCUACUCGCCAGAGGAAGCCCGAGACAUUUCAUCUCAGAUGAUUGGUCGAAAGCUGUACACCAAGCAGACCGGGGAGGCGGGUCGUAUCUGCAACCAGGUGUUCAUCUGCGAGCGCAGGUACCCACGCAGAGAAUACUACUUUGCCAUCACCAUGGAGAGGUCCUUUCAGGGCCCUGUGCUGAUUGGCAGCUCACAGGGUGGCGUGAACAUCGAAGAUGUUGCAGCGGAAAAUCCAGAUGCCAUUGUGAAGGAACCCAUCGACAUCGUGGAGGGUAUUAAGAUGGAGCAGGCUGUCAAGGUUGCUCAGAAGAUGGGCUUCCCUCCAGCGUUGAUGAAUGAGGCAGCUGAGACCAUGGUCAAACUGUACAAUCUGUUCAUUAAGUAUGACGCUUCUAAUGUCAAAAUCUUAUGUGUCUCCUUGUCAACAGUAAUGUGCAUGGAUGCCAAGAUCAACUUUGACUCCAACGCAGCGUACCGCCAGCAGAAAGUGUUUGAACUGCGGGACUGGACUCAAGAGGACCCGCGGGACCGGCAGGCCGCCACGGCUGACCUCAACUAUAUCGGUCUUGAUGGAACCAUCGGCUGUCUGGUAAAUGGAGCAGGUCUGGCCAUGGCUACCAUGGACAUCAUCAAGCUCCAUGGCGGCACACCAGCCAACUUCCUGGAUGUAGGAGGAGGAGCCACAGCUCAUCAGGUGACGGAGGCCUUCAAACUCAUCACCUCUGACAGGAGGGUUCAGGCUAUCCUGGUCAAUAUCUUCGGAGGAAUUAUGAGGUGUGACGUCAUCGCCCAGGGUAUCAUCAUGGCUGUAAGAGACUUGGACCUCAAGAUACCCAUCGUUGUGCGGUUACAAGGAACAAGAGUGGACGACGCCAAAGCUCUGAUUGCUGCCAGUCCGCUGAAAAUUCUGGCCUGCGACGACCUGGACGAAGCUGCAAAAAUGGUUGUAAAGCUUUCUGAAAUCGUCUCCCUUGCAAAGGAAGCUCAAGUGGACAUCACUUUCCAGCUGCCCAUCUAAGAAACCCAACCUUCCAGAUCUCUUCCUCCAAGCACUUCCUCUCUCACACCCCUGGGUCAGCCUAUCAACAACACGCCACUCCACUACCCAAUCAAACAGCAACAUGAGCUAGAGAGAAGACACAUUAGGUUAGCCCUUUGUUGAACCUGUUUCUGGCUCUGUGGCACAAUGACACGACUCUGAACAGCCCCCCCACCCCCCCCACCCCCCUUUACUCAAAGUCUCAAACCCAGAGAAUACCCUUAAGUUGCACUUGAGUCGAUACGCACAAACCUCCUCCUUCUCCUCCUCGUUCUUUUUCGCUCUCUUCCACCCUGAGAGGGAGACUCGCGGUGAGCCUUUCUGUCUUCUUUGGUACUUGUUGCGAACACUUCCUUUGACCUACUUUGAAACAAUAAUAGAAUAAAAACAGUAGCUUUGUCUUGUUACUCGGUGUUCAGGUUGGGGCUCUUUUGAGUUGGAUCAUUUCCUGUUUUCAGCUGAAUGCUUGUGAGUUGGGACCCACUAGUGCUGUCCAUUACGCGGUUUAGCACGAGUGCCUUUCAAUCUCUAAAUAGGAAUGUAUUCCUCCAUUCACGAUUUUCUUUGUGUGUGAGUGAAGAGCUACAAACACACAAACAACAUGCUGGCAAGCUUGACACUGGCAUGAGGAAACAACCUCAGUUUUCUCCUUAAUGGAGAAUCAGCAGCAUUGAUUUAAUAUUGGUGGGGUUUAAUUUCCAUGCAGGCCUCAGUGUUAUUUCUGUACCUCCUGUAGGCAUGAGUUCCUCAGCCUCCUUCAUUACUCCUGACACAGCAGAUGUUUCCUCCUUUCAAAACUGCACACUCGGCACGGACGGUCUUCGGGUUCAUCUCUGACUUUACCUGAAGGUUUGAACGGCUCAAUCCGGUUUAACCCGGGUUUGAACGAGUCGCAUUUGUUUGCCUGAAUUAUUAGACACCAGACCUGUGGGCGUAUCGAUCGACGUCAGGAUCUGAGCGAGUAUUGAUGAGCGGGCCUGGCGUUUGGGCUGUGCCCCAGCUGUGGUGGAGCUCGUGUGUGGGUAUGUUGAACACAGGUGAUACAUCACAGCUAACUUUCUUUUUUAAAAUAAAUGAAUUAUUCAGUGUUUGUGUUGGGCACCUCAAGUUUUGCCAGGAAGGAACAUGGAGAUCAAAAGUUGAAUGAUCUCAAAGGUAAAUCAAGAGAGCUUGGUGUACGUUCCUGUUCCCAUGGAAACUGCUCCUGCUUACCUGCCAGGUUUACACCAGAUGGAGUUCACAUCUUGUGACCAUCUGAAAAUCAAAAAGGCCGUUGUUUUGAUGUCUUUCAUGACAAUACUUUUAAGAUCUUUGUUUUGAGCUGCUAAUUAA